CUGGGCUUAGAACGCCUUAGUCCCCUUCCCAAAGCACCCUACCUUGGGAGCAACUUUGUUUGCCCCCAAUCGGUAGAGUCCACCCUGUUUUCUUUAUGCCUGUUUAGUGCCCGAGAGCUGAAUGCUCUUACGACGAAAUCUCACCCUUCAUAGCACAAUGCUCAUGAAUCACGUGGGUUAACGACGAACCCGUUCACCGGAUAUGCAACCACGUUUCACGAAAUACGACUUUCCGUAACGGGACUUUAAUUAUCGACGACCUAUUUCGAAAGGAUUUGCGUUUCCACUUCAACUACUGAGAGCGAUAAUUUCCACUGGAUCGAAGACGACACAAUGUCCAGCAUGCCAGUGCAAAAGUGUUUUGUGCUCUUUGCUGCCACGACCGUGCUAUGGAAUUUCAGCGGCAUCAGCUUCAUCGAGCCACUUCGAAGGUUCUGGAAAGGCAAGAAGAAGAAUCCCCGCACUGUCCGCAAGAUGAUGGACGAACUGGUGGUGGGCCCCCCCGCCACGCGCUGCCCGACGUGCCAGGUGCCUUUCGACAAAGGAAAGAGACGACGGAUCAUCGAGGAGUGUGGCCACGAACGAUGCUACUACUGCAUGCUCAACUCGGACGGCGCAGGUUGUUCCUUGUGCGCCGCAGAAGCUGCGAAAAUGUCCAACAAUUCUGCCAGGACUCGACUGAAGACCAAUGGUCAUUUCACUACGUUUAUGCAGACAAGAAGCCCACAGUGCAUAGGUUCGCCGGUUAUUCCAGGCGUGGCCAGUCCAAGGGCUAGCCAUGUUUCAUGGAAGGAAAGGAAAACAGUGCGACCUUCCACUGUUAGUGUGGACAGUCAUGCUACGUUCAUCGACCUGGCAAAGGUUCAACACUGGCCAAUGAAUAUGGUUCGCAAAAUAAAAUCGCUGUGGACCAUGGAAGACGAGCCUUCGCCACACCAUCCACCCUUAGGCAAUGCCCCUGCGGCUCCAACUGAACACCUGUACACCACACGCCUGGGCCUUCUGCUGCUGGGCGAUGGAACUCCGGUGUACAACGAAGCCCCCAACACUGGCAACCACAGUAGCCACAGUGGAGGAUCUUUCGCCAGUGUAUCUUCGUUGGCCAACAGUGAUCUCAACAUGGCUGGCUCGACCAACACCAGCCCAAUAUCUACGCUCACCGGUUCCUCCGAGGCGGAAGCCAUGAGUAUUAUGAGAGGUUCCAGUAGAGAACAGAGCUCCGACAGUGUGGCUUCUUUAAUGAGCACUAGUUCUUCGCCAUCUCCUUCUCGCCGAAUGCCUUUUCAGCAGAGAAAUAAUAGUGUACCCAACAACAGACGGGGUACAUUAAUUAAUUACUCGGACAAAACGAAUACCCUUGGUCAUGGAAGAGGUGGUCAUGUACAGUAUAAAAUUGCACCUCAACCUGCUUUGAAGCCUCUGUUCUUUGAAGUCCCUCAGGCAGAAGUUGAUCCCGUAUUUGUCGGCAGGCAGUGGCUUUUCAACGAAAUCGAACAAGAAUUGCGAAAAGAUUGCAAUCGAGGUGUAGUGUUAGUGGGAUGCCCUGGGUCCGGAAAAACAGCUACGAUUCUCCAAUUGGUUGACUACAGUGUAUUUGGCCGUAAACGAGAAGAUGUCACGUACAGCACCAUCGGGCUUCACUACGGGGACACGAGCCGUAUGACCUUGAGUAGCAGCAACUCCUCCUCCAUCUACCAAACCCGAGCCUCCGUCAACCAAGAAGUGGCACGUCUACUAGGCGGUCAUGUAGUGGGCUACCACUUCUGCCAGGCCGAUAACAGCGCCACCUGCCAUGUGCCCGAAUUUGUUCAUAGUAUCGCUGCACAACUAUGUCAGGCUCCCCAGCUGGUUGCGUAUCGCGAUCUUCUUCUGCGUGAAACAAUGUACCAGGAUAUGCUGAGCCCUCGUGCUUGCCACGAAAAUCCCCACAAUGCUCUGGUUAAAGGGAUACUUGAGCCCCUCCAGACUCUUAGGCAAACCGGCCGCAUUCCGAACACCAGUUGUCUACUUGUCGUGGACGCGCUCAACGAAUCGGAGCUCCAUCGUCCUGACUACGGAGACACGAUCACUUCGUUCCUGGCUAAGCAUAUCACGAGGUUCCCAUCCUGGCUAAAGAUGGUCGUGACGGUGAGGACUGCGUUCCAAGACAUCACACGCCUUCUUCCUUUCCACGAAGUUUCCCUCGACCGAAUUUCAACGAACGAUCACUUGAUGAGAGAUCUCAUUGGUUAUGCCCUGCUCCGCAUUGAUUCCAGUCCAGCAAUACGCGCCAAUAUCACAAUCAACAACGGAAAACAGGAGGGAUCGACAUAUACGAGGUUUUCAAGUCAUCUGGCGAACCUAAGUAAAGGCUGCUUUCUGUACAUGAAGCUCACAUUGGAUUUGAUAGAGAAGGGCCAUCUGGUGGUCAAGAGCAGCAGUUACAAGGUUCUCCCGGUCAGCCUGAAUCAAGUGUACCUGCUCAGUUUCAACCUCAAGUUCACAACCACGAGGUCGUACGAAAGAGUCCAAAGCAUCCUUCAAGUAUGCAUGGCGACUUUGACACCCCUUCAGCCUCAUGAGUUGUACCACAGCGUGAAUGCCGGGCUUGUUUGCGAUCCAAUAACGUGGCCGGAGUUCCAGCAGAGAUUAAACGUCUUGACUGGUGCUCAAUUUCUCAUUCCAAGGCAGGACAACACGUUGAUGUUGGCUCAUCCAUCAUUGAGGGAAUGGCUACUCAGAAGGGAGGAAAAUGAGAGUACUAAGUUCCUCUGUGAUAUUCGAUCAGGGCAUGCUUCCAUAGCAUUCCGGAUGUCCCGCAUCGAAUCUCCGCUUGACCCGGAGCAGCUUCUCGCGCUAGGCCAUCAUAUUCUCAAGGCUCACAUCUAUAAGAACAUGGGAAAAGGCUUGACAUCUGCCUGCAAACCAAGAGAUCUUCAGGCACUGUGGGUCUUCCACAGCACCGAUAACGUGUCUGCAGCACUGGCUUGUCUUCCCAACACGUACAGCCCGAAUGUGAAGGUCAGCCGUCUGUUGCUCCUGUCUCAAGCCGACCCAAAUGCUCGAACCCCCUGUCUCAACCGUGCGCCCAUUCUUAUGGUAGCAGCUCACGAGGGCUUUGCAGACAUGGUAACGUCCCUCCUGGAUUUCGGAGCUGACGUUAACGCAGCAUCGGACAUUGGAUGCACGGCUCUCUGUAUGGCUAGUGAGCGAGGACAUCUAGACAUCGUUAAGCAAUUGUUAGCUUGCGGAGCACGGAUUGACCACGUGGACAGUAAGGGUCAGUCAGCCCUAGCAUAUGCAGCGCAGAGUGGCCAUAUUAAGGUCGUCUCCCACCUCGUGGGUUGUAACUGGCCCGAUGACUUUGGUGUCGCCCUGGGACUGAGGAGCGCUGCCCAACAGGCUCUCAUUGCAGCUUCAAUGUCUGGCCAUAUCAAAGUCUGUGAUUUUCUAUUGGACAUGAUCGAAGUGCAAGUCAACAAACAGGAUGACUUCAGUGGGCACACCGCCUUGACAGCAGCGAGCCUUGCAGGACACAAAGACCUGUGUACACUUCUGAUGAGUAGAGGAGCGUCCUUGUUAGUAAAAAACAACAACGGAGAGCCUCCGCUCUGCUGUGCCGUUGCGGAGGGCCAUUGGGCUGUGACCGAGCUUCUCCUGUGCCACGCGAAGGUUCUGGAGCAAACAGAGAGUCAUGGAAGAACCGCUCUUAUGUUGGCAGCCGCUGAAGGACACAUCGGUGUUCUUGAACUCUUGCUAGCAAAAGGAGCUAAUGUGGUAGCCAAAGACAACGAAGGGCUUUCUGCUCUGAGUUGGGCGUGUCGCAGAGGUCAGCUGCAGGCAGCACAGUGCCUCCUAACGCACGAUGCAAAUAUCAACCACAGUGACAAACAAGGAAGAACUCCACUCGACUUUGCAGCCCUUGAAGGCAAUGCAGAUGUGGUCGAGCUGCUCUUGAAGCAUGGCGCUGAAAUUGAGCACGUGGACAUCACUGGCAAGAGGGCCCUCGAUAAGGCAAUUGCGUCGGGAAAUCUCGGUGUCAUCAACUGCUUCUUACAAACAGGAGCAAAAAUAGGAUCUCAAACAUGGGAAAUGGCAGCUGAAAAGCCGGACAUAGUGUACCUUCUGUUAAAUAAGCUUCAUCAAGAUGGAGUUCUUUUAUACAGGAAAGGUCACUUAAAAGAAGCCACACACCGAUACCAGUACGCCUUGAAGAAGUUCCAGUCUGCUUUGUUAGACAACGACGAGCAUGGCAACAGCUUUCUUCAUCUGAAGCACCAACUGCUCUUGGGGCUGGCGAAAUGCAAACGAAAACUAAACGAACUCGAUGCUGCCAUGGCGGCAGCUAGUCAAGCUAUAGACCUGCGUCCGAGUAGCUAUGACGGCCAUUUUGUGAGGGCUAGAUGUUGCAAAGACAGAGGUUACCUAGAAGGAGCUCAGAGGGACAUCGAGGAAGCCCUUCGCUUGGCUCCUAUUUCGAGCCUAGAACUAAGGAGAUCCAUCUUGAGGGUUAAGGAGGAAAUACUUUCUGGAACAACGGGACAGUCGUUGUCAGAAAGCCUGUCAUCUAGAAGCGACUUGGGAUUAAGCAAGUUACAGUCUGUCUCGACUGACACCAUGGACCAAGUGUGCAGUAUCCCAUCGGAUAGUCGACUAAACCUCUCGGUCCGUCUCUGAGCAAGAAGCAAUAGACAAGACAGAACAGUGGACAUUCCUAGAGCAGUCUAAAAUCACGUUAUAUUCAGUUCAAUUCAUUCGUUUGUAUGUUAAAGACGCGAGCGGUCGCAAAAGUAGCGAAAAAAAUUGAUAUUUAUUUUAUGCGCGAUUGUAUAUACGUACAUUUUCUGUGUAUUUAUGAUGAAACAGAUACUAUGGUUGCAAUUUUUAUAUUUGUUGCUCUAGAUUGCAAUUAUUCUGAAUCUAUCUCGUGAAAAACAAGCCAUUACGAGUGUUCCCAAAGUAUAUGUAUUAAUUUCUGUACACUGAUACACUCUCACUUUUGGUUCAUUCCAUGUUUUUAGUUAUUAUGACAGAGCUGCAUUAUGUGCGUAAUUUCAACGUGCUGUAAUAUGUAUAACGUUUCUAAUGAUAUAUGACAUGACAUCAUGUCAAAAGACGAGCCCUGCUUCUUGUGGAGUCCGUGGAAGAAUCGUGGGGUUUAAUGCCUACAUGUCAACACACGUGAGAGAACCGGUGCCGUGGAGUGUAAUUUCCAUGGAGUUGUUGAUGCAACGAUAUCUGUAACAUGCUCUAUAGCGAACCACGGGGGAAGGACGACCAUCAGAACCACAUCGUGUCCUCGUCUUGCACGAGCCUGGACGUUGGUUUUCUGUUUGUUAUUCGUGAAAGAUGCCUGUACGGCGCUGUGGCUUCGUGAUAUUUCUGCGUUUUUCCUUUAGAACGAACGUACAGCUGUCCAGGUUAUGUCAGUUUCCACGCAGCAAAUAUUGAUGUACUUGUACCUAAUCACCAGUAUUUUUAAUUAAGCUUCCCGUCACGCCUCGUGGCCCAGUCGCUUCUGCAGGCACGUUGUUCUGUGAGGAGGAGCACCUUAUUGUCGAGUAAGGUUACCCGGGUUCGACUCCCGGCGGUCAUGUAGAACACUGGGUCAACACCAGAAACCUUCGACAGAACAAUAUAUCCCCUUAUUUCUUCCAUGGUACAGAGAUCUUCAACCUGACAUUCUUUAUAGCUUUUUCUUGCUCAUGUGUGCUGUAGACUUUACUCCACACGUCUUUUGCCCCUCCGACGACUCAAAUAGCGCGAGCGGAGCCAAAGCCUGCCAGUACGCGACGUACAUGCUUUCCGAAGUGUAACAGGGCCGAUGUGUGAUGCCCCCCAACCAACCGAACACGAGUCAUCCACCAUUAUCAGCUACUAUAGUUCUCGUUUUAUUACAUUUAACAAAGUUUGCUGUGGUUGGUUGAUAUAAUAGUUCCCUUAACAGCAUGCUGUUCUGGUGUGGCAUGGCGACGACACCUGUACUCACUGUGUUUUUUAGCUGGAAGUGAGAAGUUUUUGUACUGUGUAGAAAUAUUAUUUGGCGGUACAAUGAACUCUUUAAUCACACAUAUCGCACGCAGUGCCGUUGAUUUACAAAGUAGCACUUGUAAUAAAAGAAAAAUUCUUGGAAUGGCAUCUAUAAUACGCUUUAGAGUUCAGACUGUAGACGUUAGAACCUUUCAUCUUAAGUUUUUGGCUCUUCCUUGGUAGUUGCCACAUAGUUGGAAAUUUGAGCAUAUAUUUCAGUGAUGCUAGGUAGAGUAUUUCCAGAUAUAAAGUAGCACAUUUCGCCCGCACUAUGCAAGGGUACCACUGGGACGUCGGACGUCAACCUUUCGUCAACGAUACCUGAUGUUCUCGGAAAUCACGUCGAAAUUUUCUAGGUUCAGUAUUUAUUUCUGUCAAUUAGGAAAAAUUGUUGGACCAACACAGUGUGGAUAUCCUAUUCCGCCAUUUUCUUCAGCUAUCGGGCAUCACUAUAGCUCUGGAAUGUGCUUAAGCGAAACAACAAGCGUUGACGUUACGUUUCCCAAUUGUUUCAAAUUUGAUUACAAAUUAAUUUCUCUGGGAAUACCCUGCCUAUAGUAUAACUGAUGCCUUUCUGCUUGUCUCAGCAACACGUAGCCUUGUAGUCUUCAGUAGUAUCGAUCUAAUCUAAACCAAUCCAAUCUAUCUUCCGGCGUUCUCAUUAACUCUUAGAAAAUGUUUUAGACAUUUAUAAUGUUGGUAAAAACGGUCACACCUUGAUUGGUUCGAUUAUCUGUUUCAAUAAUAUAAAUAUUUAUCAUAGCACACAAUCGUGAGCUGCCAAAAACAGGCCUGAUACUCUAAUCUGUUAUCCGUGUGUGACCUUGAUUCGAUAAAUUCGGUUAUUUCGCAGCUCUUCGUAGUGUGUGAAAGUAGCGUAGGUGUGUUGUUAAAAAAUUUCAAAAACCUGACAGUAUUAGUUAGCAGCCGAGAGCAAACACUUGGUGGACUACGACUGCUACUGAACAUUCCAAACGUUAACGGAUUGGCUUCUGUAUUAUCUUGAUUGGCAAAGUUACAAAGCGGUGCGAGAAAAUGAUUGGGAAUAUUACCAGAUUAUUGUCUUACACAGACUGUAAGGGCUCUAUUUGCUUUACGCUGUGUAGUAUUGACUUGCAGCAACGCGUAUUUAUUAUUGUUUUCCAAAUGUUCAACAGAGGAUUAGUUUAACUGUCCGUAGGCUGCCAUACAUGCCUAGUUUAAUGAAUAGUUAUGAAUUGUCAUUAAUAUUCCGAAUGAAAUGCAAGCAAGUGGUGAGCGUACGCGCCCUCGGUGAGGGUUACUUCUGAGUUCACCAUUGCUGCUUGCAAUAUAUGUACAUACAUUUGUGUAUAGAUUUGCAGUCUGUGUGAUAGAAAACCAUAUGCCCUUCUUAUGUCGUAUGAUUUUGCGAAACUGAUGCAAAUAAAUGUGAUGAAAUUAU